AUGGUACACUUGAAGGAUGUUGAAGAUGAUAAAAAGAUGAUGGUAGUCCAAUUCCUUCUUCAAAACUCCAAGGAUGGCAAACCCAAAUACGGCAAAAUGAAGGAUGCCGACAUCAAAUUCAACUUGGGGAGGCGCACGAUCACUCGUUUUUGGGCUGAAGCAAAGAAACAAAAGAUUCAAGGUCAGCUCAUCAAUUUAACAUCCACAAAAAGGUAUACACCACGUUUCACAAAGUGUGUUCAGAUUAACAUAGAGCAAAUUCAGUCAUUGGAGCUGUGUAGAAGAGGUACAAUUAGAAAGCUAGCAUUUGGAAUAAAGUGUAGCAAGAGCACAGUGGGAAGGUGGGUGAAUCUAGGGCUAAUCAAAGCACAUGUUAGUGCCAUUAAGCCUGAUCAAACUGCCCCUAAUAAACUUCUCAGGCCCAUCUUCGAUGAGAAUGGUAAUGUGAUAUUUGAUGGGAAAAUAAGCAUUUUCCCAUUCAUAGAAAAAGUACCAGCCAAGAGAAGAAGCAAGAACACAAGUGCAGGGACUUUAGAAACAAAACCAUUGCAGUCCAUAACAACAGUGGUGACAAAAGAGUGCUUCAUCAACAAGGCCAAAUCACACAUAAGUGACUUAGAUCCAGAAUUCAGGCAGGCUGCCUCUCAAAAAGGCUUUGAUAUAAGAAUUGUUCACCAACCACCCUACUCACCGGACACGAAUGUCAAUGACUUGGGAUGGUUUAGAGCAAUUCAAAGCAUUCAAGAGGAGGCUGUCUGCACAACUGUUGAUCAAUUAGUGAAUGCAGGGUGCAUGAUAGAAACAAUGCGAAUGAAAGGUCAUAAUGCCUACAAAGUGCCACAUAUGAGCAAAGAUGCUCUAAUUAGGCAGAAUGCCUUGCCAAUCACAUUGGAAGUUGACAAACAACUUGUCAACGAGUGUAUCAGUCACAUGAUAGAGGCAGGGGAAGAAGAAAGAAUGCAACAUCUUAUUGAAGAGUUGGGAUAUGGAUAUGAGGCUCAAAUUCAGCUCUUUGAAGCCUAG